CUGUCGUAAAGUGAUAAAAUAAUAAUAUAAUACAAUAACCUUAGUGAUUAUUAUAAUAAUCUGUGAUAAUUAAAGUCUUGUUAGAUUAUUUAGUGACUCGAUUAAAAUGGGAAACACAAUAAAUAUGGAGGAAAACUUCAAAAAGAACCAGGAUUUCAUUACUGAAAUUAAUAACGUUAAAAUAGAAAGACAAUUGCAAAUGAGAAAUCAAAUGCGGGAAAGGGAAGUUGCACUGCGUAUCGCAAAAAAUAGAGAAUUAUUUUACUGGUUUGGAGCUUUUUAUUUAACCAGCAUUGCAUGGGCAGCCACCAACUUUAGACAUUUCAAAAAGAAAUCAUUUGCUAUUGCCCCUUUAAUACCUCUUAGCUUCAUAAUGGCUUACCAAUCAGAUUUGGCAUAUGGAAAUAAAGUACACAGAAUUUCAGUUGAAGCAGAACAUAUUAUGCAAUUUGAGCAGGACCUACUCUCCCUUCCACUAGGCGUACCAACUGCAGCCUCAAUAGAUUUAAAAAGACACCAAAACGACGAACAGAAAAAAAUGCACCCAUAUCUUCCACAAAUAUAAUGUUUUAAAAGUUAUGCGCAGAUUAACACGCUAUUGAUACACGUACUGCGCAGUUAAUACUCAAAUAGGUUAAAUUUACCCAAUGCUCAGACUUACUGUUAAAAGAGUUUCUAAUUGUUUUUAAACAUUAUAUGUACAUACAUACAUAUCUUUGGUUUAAUUUAGUUUGAGGUA